AUCCUUAAACUCAGUUCAUCCCUAACUUUGGACGGAACUAACGUUAAGGCCGUAACUCUGCCCACCGCUGAACUCGCGAAUGGCGCCGAAGUGUUGGUUGCGGGCUGGGGUACCACUCGCGCCGGUUCCAGCACUUUGCCCGCAGCGUUGCAACGCGUCAACGUCAACAUUGUUGCCCGAAGCACCUGCAACACCAACUACGGCGCCGGAUCCAUCACCGAACGCAUGAUUUGCGCAGCCGUGAACGGGGGCGGCAAAGAUGCCUGUCAGGGCGAUUCUGGUGGACCCCUCACAGUGAACGGUGUGUUGUAUGGCGUGGUUUCGUGGGGAAGAAGUUGUGCUUUGGCCACACAUCCCGGUGUUUACACAAACGUGGUUUCAUUGUUGGACUGGAUUAGUGCGAACAGAACUUAAAAACUUGGAAUUUCAAACUUAUGC